AUGCAAUUCGCAGUGCCUCCACGACGCAGCCCUCUGCCCAUCGCCCGGUCCUCGCGCAUGCCGAUCUAUCGCAGGAAACAAUUUAAAUCGAUCGCUGUGCUCGCAUUCGCAAUAUUUUCGCUCCUCUUCAUCGUUCAUCACAUCUAUUCAUUAGGUUCGCCUUCGCUUGCAGCAGCGGUUCCUUCGGGUGUUGUGAUCGUCACACUACUGGACCGCCAACGACUAAGUGAGAGCUACGUCAAAAAGAUUGUCACGAAUAGGGAAGACUAUGCGAAACGUCAUGGUAAGACCUUUUUGUCGCAUUUGAUUUACAUUCGAGUUGAAUCUAAUCGCCGAACACGAACAGGGUAUACAAACUUCUUUGCAAGCGUGGCCGACUAUGCCGAUGCGAUUGGUGAUGCGCCCAGGACUUGGGCUAUCGCCCCGGCCGUUCGCCAUGCCAUGGCCAAAUAUCCUCAAACGGCUUAUUUCUUCCACCUCAGUCCCCACUCGCUUAUCAUGAAUCCGACCAAGUCUCUGAACUCACACAUCCUUGAGAAAAACAAGCUGGAAGAAAUGGUGAUGAAGGAUGCUUCGAUUGUUCCACCGGACAGUAUAAUCAAGACUUUCGCACAUCAGAACGAGAAGGACAUCGAAUUGAUCAUCACGCAAGACACGGAAGACCUAAAUCCUGGAAGCUUCAUUCUGAAAAGCGGGGAAUUUGCCCGUUUCUUCCUUGAUAUGUGGUUCGACCCUCUAUACCGCAGUUAUAACUUUGCUAAAGCGGAGACACAUGGACUGGACCACAUCCUACAGUGGCAUCCGACUGUCCUUGCGCGGACCGCCUUGGUACCCCAGCGCAGCAUCAGCUCAUAUAGCAAAGACUCCCUGCGAGCUUCUCCAGAGGGCACAUACAAGGACGGUGACCUGGUGAUUCAGUUCCGCGGGUGUGAGGAGGUGGAGGGCCGAGACUGCGAGCGAGAGCUGGAGCCAUAUUAUAAGAUAUGGCUUGGGAUACCCCAGCGCGACUAG